CAGCCCAGGACUUAAGUCAGAUUAUUGACUGAAGCCCCUACCCUGAGACCUAUAUAUGCCGUUUCAGCAUGGGUAGAUUCCCUUGUCGUCGCUACCCUAGACAGACCUGGUGCUAGCUGAACGCAGUGUUGCAGGAACCUGUGACUUGAAACGUCAUAUCAAUUAUUCAGACAAUAACUGGCGUUUCUAAGGGAAGCAACAACGUUCAGUCGGAACGGUCUUGUUAUCAGAGGCCUCUAGGGUCAUCUCACUAUAUGUACGUUGAUACAACACACGUCUACGGAUUGGUUGUGAGGCCCAAGGUAGAAGAUUACAGCACAGAGGACCGAUCUAGUGGCGAGUAGGGUAUUUGUGAGAUUACUCACUACACCAGUAACCCAGGAAGCGAACACAAUCAUGGCCGGGAGACCAGCGAGUGUGGGUCCAGACUCAUCAAGCGGUUCCACCAUAAACCUCCCUUCCCUCAACGUUAGCAAACUAACGCCGCACCCAGAGGAGUGGACACUGCCCCACGAGUGGAACAUCGAGAAGAGGGAGGUGUUCCAGAACUGGAAGAUGGAUGUCCAAAACCAAAUAGCAAAUAUCGCGACGUCUUUGGACAAAUCCUUGCAACAUUUCCCACAUCCUGAAGUAGGACCAGGGCUCGACUAUCAAGAUGAAAUAGAAAAAGCUCAGAUGGAGAAAGUGAAACAAGAACGAGAGAGACAGGCCGGGAACACCCUGUUGUAUGGACUCGCGAGAACUGCGUGUGCCGAGAGACGAUAGUACCAAGUUGAGGAAAAUAGCUGAUAGAUAUGAACAGUGCAUCCUUCAUACGAUUUGGGUGUUCUCCUUGUCAUACUGUUACAGUGCCCUAUUUUCUCUAGUAUUACUUAAAAUAAAUUUGAUACGAGAUAAAAUAUCAUAUGUAAAUAUGUUCAACAUAUUUAGGCUAUUUUCUGUUAUUCAAAAUGGUUAACUUUGGCAAAACUGGGUAACAAUUUUGAAAUAUGGAAAAUACAAAAAAAAUCCUAACUAAACAAUUAUGAAUAACAGAAAGUAGAAAAUAGCCCCAAUGUUAAGGAUAUUAACAUAUGAUAUCUCAUCAAUCAUCAAAAUUUAUUUUAAGGAAUAGUCGAGCACAUGGUGCACUGAAUCCAUAUUGCUGUCUUAAGUAUAUAGUGACAAGGGUAUCACCUUUGUAUUAUGUUUGUCGUGCAUAUACUGAACCUCUAUUAACUCGUGUUAAGACGAUGAAAAUGUACCGUCCAGACAGGAUCUGUAUCUAUAACAGUAUGGUCAAAUAUCUCUCCAUGGUACAAAACGUAGAGGUUAAGUGGAUUUAGCAGAACAAGCAUGAUGAUUCUGUAGGUGUAAAUACAUGCUAUACUAAUCUAAUUCACGUGUCUGGUAGAAAUGUAUGUAUACAUACAUGUAUGUCUCACAGUAUCUGAACCUUAUUGUUUUCCCUUCCCCCCCCCCCCCCCCCCCCCCCCCCCCCAACCCUUUCUGUAACGCUAUAACGCUAAACCAAACAAGACUCGAUUUGUACACAGAUUCACAGACUGGGUCUCCUUUCAAUGAACAUGUGGUUGCUAGUUUCCAACAAAAAAUAUACGUUCAUAGGCUUAGCGUUAGUCUAAUGUAUAUCCUCUUUCAAAAGAAGCUGAACGAAUAUACGAAAGCAACAAUGCAGUCUUCGUGGUUUGCUUAAUCAGCAAAAAUAAUACUCCCAUAAUGCAGAUUUACAACACUGAGAAAAAUAAAACUCCGAGAAAGAUCGUAUUGGUUAAUGGUUUUGUGUCUGAUUGGAUGACAUUGGAGUAUGUAUACAUGUAUAUUAAAAUCAGUGUUAGUGUGUGAUGUGAGAUCGACUGCAUGGUAUGGCCUAUUUAGAGUGACCUUGUGACGGGCUGGAACGACAUUGGACUAUUAAUGAUAAGUGACUAUGUAUUCAUCACAGUAUUAGAGAAUGAUGCUGUGGUUAUUCUUUCAGGAUUAAAAUAUAAAACAAGUUCACGUAGAAGUACUCGUAUACCAAUGGGGGACAACAUACUCCUUUCUCGUAUACCAAUGUGGGACAAUAUACUCCUUUCUCGUAUACCAAUGUGGGACAAUAUACUCCUUUCGCGUAUACCAAUGUGGGACAAUAUACUCCUUUCUCGUAUACCAAAGUGGGACAAUAUACUCCUUUCUCGUAUACCAAUGUGAGACAAUAUACUCCUUUCUCGUAUACCAAAGUGGGACAAUAUACUCCUUUUGCUGAUACAUAAGCUGAUUCAAAGUUACUAGGCGGAAGUGCCCCAGUGUCACUAACCUCACACAUAGAUGUUAUGCCAAUUAUCAUAUCUUAACAUUUCUCGCCAUGAUGAUCUCCAGUAUGCUGGAGUUUGAUGUAAUACAUAAUGUCAUAUAAAUGCUGAUGUGUUUGUUGUUGUCUUUCUUUAAUCUCUAUUUACGAAGACAAUAAAGAGCGCCAUACAA